CGGCCAGCCAGCAGUCAGUAGUGAGAUCGUCCGCACACCGGAGAGUACCCUUACGGAGUGAAAAGUGUGUUGUACAACACCACACUCAGCCAAUUUUGUUGGGUUUGUUUUCAUCGGCCCAAACGGUGAUCAGAGUCGGGAGUGAAGGCAAUGUAAGCAGUGCUGUGUGUUGCCUUAUUUCGCGUUGCUGGAUUAUACGACAGCAGCACACACGGGUGAUAUUAAUACUGCACGUUUCGAUAAUUGUGCGAACAACAAUAACAACAACAACGAUCAAAGGAGUCAACAGUGGUGAUAAAAAGCAGGAAAGAAAGAAGAAGAAUAUCGGUGGAGUGUUUCGCAAGCUUCUCUGUCUCUCCCGGUACUCGUGCUCGUGUCGUCGUCGUCGUCGCGAUUUCGGUCAAGCAGUGUUUUCAAGCCGAAACUUGAAGUAUCUCGAUUCAAGUGCUUUGCUUCUCCGCUGUUUUCCUGGUCGGCCUCGCGGAAACACGAUGCAAUUAGCGCUGUUGCUGCUAAUGAAAUCCACCAGUGAAUGGAGGAGCAGCAGUGUGAGCACCGGGCGACAGCACGGCAGCACACAUUAACGGGGUCCAAAUCCGGUGGACCUCUGCGCGCGCGCAACCAGAGUGAAGAAACUAGAAGAAAACAGAAAAAAAUAAUACAAAUUCCCUCGUGACUGAAAACGUAAACACACAAAAUGACAACUGCUUCCGCGCUGCACACCAAUACGGCUGCGGAUCAUCCGGGGACGACUGUGACCACCACGAAGGUGGCUGUCACUGUCAGUGGUGCCACGGGUCGAACCAAUAGAAGGAAAGUUAAAGAUUUUAAUGACAGCCUAACCUGUUCGCUGUGCACCGGCUACCUGAUCGAGGCUACUACCGUCAACGACUGUUUGCACACAUUUUGCCGGUCCUGCAUAGUACGACACUUGGAACGCAAUAAAUACUGUCCCAAAUGCAAAUCGUACAACAACAAAACGAUCACGGUGGCUAAUUUAAGACCGGAUCGGAUACUGAGAUCUCUGGUGUACAAGCUGGUCCCGGGACUGCACCAGUCGGAGAAUCAACGGGCGGCCAAAUUCUACGCCGACCAGUGCAGCAGCAGCAGCAGCAGUCCGGAUGAGCCAACCGGCGGCAGUCGGAAACCUCCGGACCACAACUAUCUGGACGAUCAGAACUUUUUCUCGCCGGAUGAAUUAAUCAACUUGUCGCUGGAGUACCACUACGACUCGAUAGCGGACUACGACCCGAAGAAGCAGGAACUUCCUAUCACGUAUCUGCGCUGUCCGGCGGCGGUCACCAUUCACCACUUGUACAAAUUCAUUCUCACCAAGAAUGGGCUGCAGCUGGACAACGAGCGCAUCCAGGUGGACAUCAUCUACGAGGACGAGAUUCUGCCUCACGAGUUCACGCUGAUGGAUGUGGCGUACUGCUUCGACUACAAGCGGAGCUCCCUGAUGCGGUUGUACUAUCGGAUAUUUAUCCAUCCGACCGCAAAGCCAACGGCAUCCACCACCACGUACAAUGUGGGCAGCGAUAAAAAUAGCAACGAAAACAAUAAUAAUAGCGGAGGCGAGCGUGAUGCUAAUAAUAGCACCACCGGCAGAAGCACCGAUGCCAACCUCAACGAGCCGAGCCAAGGUAGCGCGGAAUCGUCAUCGUCAUCGUCAUCAUCAAAGCCAACGUCAACGUCACCGAGCAAGAACGCCACCGGUGCCAGUUGUGGUGACGGUAGCAAAGCUCCUACGAGCUCACCGGCUGUUGUUUUCACGGUGCCGAAAGAAGCUGACAGUCGGAUCAAAGUGGGCGCCGAGCAAGAUGCUGUCAAAAGUGUAAACAAUGAAUCUAGCAAAGUGUCAACAGAACCCAGUGCAAAGUCGAGAUUUCAAGCGUCGGAGGCUAGUUGUUACAGUAAAUACGAUAGCAAAUUGAUAAUCACGAAAACUAACAAAUCGGACAAAGGUGGAAGUGAGAAGAAAGAAAAAGAAUCGUUAAAGUUGGUGCUGGUGCCGAAGAAGAGUGAUAAAAAUGAUGCUAAGAUUGUUUAUUCGAAAAGUGAUUCCAAAGCAAGCAAAUCUCCCAAACAGAGCAGUCCGAGCGCAUCGGUCAGCUUCGGUGAUUUCAAACGGCUUCGCAGCAAUGAUAUCCGAUACAGUGACUACGAAACGGCGUCUUCGUCAUCAUCAUUUGGAUCGGGUACAUCGUCGAGAGCUACGAGCGGCAAAAGUGGAACCGUUCCGGGUGAUGACUCAAGAAAAUCUGAGUCACAGAAUGCUAAAAAGCACAAUAAAAUAAAUAAUGAUUAUAACAAUCCCGGUGAUUCUAGCGGAAAAAAGUUCUCCGAAGACAAUAGUCGAAACAAAGUGUACGGGAAUGAGGCCACCAGCCUGGCUGGAAGUGAAACGGCACCGGUAGGUGUAGCAAAAACCAAGCAUGAAAAAUCUAAAUCUGCUCCGGCACGGAGCGAAAGCAACGGUGCUCCGGUGGCGAUAACGGCUUCUAGCACCAGCACCGCCAUAGGAGAGAAGAGUGAAAAGUCAUCCGAAUUGAAGUGUUAUGUAAAUUUGAAGAAACAAACGGUCGUUUCACCGCUUUCGUCCAGUACUGAGCACCAUCGCAAAGAAGUUCCUAAAUUGAAAAUAGAGCUACCUAGUCUGAAAACGAAAAUCACAAUCCCCAAACUGGACAGUGAAAAGUCACCCAAAUCCGCGCAUUCCUCAUCGACCUCCUCCUCAGCAGCGACGUCCCCGGCGGCAUCAACGUCCGCUUCUGGCAAAUCUCCGAUAUGGCCAAAACCGGAUGACGGUGGCAAAGCGACCGAUGGCCCCUCGAUAGGCAUAGAAGAGUAUGCCAAAACAAUUGGACUGAAACCAGUUCACAAGAUUUCGGAGGGCGAUAGCCAAAGAAAGAAGAAGAAAAGCUCGACCUCCUCCUCUCCGGACCCGUCCUUCCACCGAAAGCGUAAAAAGGCGAAACACUCCAAAGAACCGGGUGGCAAGCGAAGAAAAUUACAUGCCGAAAUUUCAUCGCAGCAAGAUGAGAGUUUGAAAAUGAAGGUCAAACUCACAGAAAAACCAUCAAAACACGAUCGCAAACCAAGCGAGGAAAUCACGCCGCAUUCGCCGAAAGAGCCGACUAAACACAAUGCGGAAGUUACUCCGUCAUCAUCGUUGCCACCACCAUCACCUCAACCACCAUCAUCAUCAUCAUCUACUUCGGCAGCGGUUUUUGCUACACCCGUGUCGACGCCACCAAAGGAAGACAGCUCAAAGGUGAUUGACAUUACCAAGGGAGACGAUGAUGAUGACGUGAAAAUUAUCGAACAUCCCACGUUCGAAGCGUGGCUGAAGCCAUUGGCCAGCGGACCGGCAAAUGUCACCGAAAAACCAACACCGAUCGGGACGAGGGUAAACGAGCUGCCAAGCCUGCCGCCGUCCCUCAGCGGAUCGGACAGCUCUACCAAAACCAAAAUUAAUGAGAUGCGAGCAAUUCGUCAUAAACCGAUGGUUUACAUUCCAAAUCCCGAUAAGAAUCUGUUCGACAAUUCCCCCACAAUCAAUAGCCUAAUUCAGAGCGUUCAAGCGAAAACCGGAUUUAUUGAUAAGGAUAAUGAUGUACAAAUUGUUUCUACCAGCAAGCUUGAGGGGAAUGGGCAUCCCGUGUCCAAAGUUCCGAUGCCUCCACUGGUUCCUACUAAACCGAUUUCAACCGUGCCUAGCAUGAAGCCACCAACGAUGAUUCCCUCUACGGCUAGCAGCCGAACGGUUUCGACCAACAGCAUUCCAAAACCUCAACAAAGGGUGACGGUUCAAUCGCAGCAAGUGUUCAGCCCUAGGCACAUCCCGAACUAUCCGCCACUAGCCUUGCAAAGUGCACCGAAGAAAGUCAUCAACCCAACUACCAUCAGUACAAAUGUCUAUCAGCCAAGGAACAUGAAUCCUGCGUUGAAACGGUCCAUCAGUGUUGACAGCAGCUCUACCUACAACAUUCCUCCAAAGACCCCUCGAGUGGAUCUGAUGGAGCUGAAUGCACAGCAUCGGUUCCUAACGAAACCCAUCUAUGCUCCUAUGUUUAAUUUUGUGAAAGGAGCCAGCCUGGCCAAAAAUGGCAACCCAAACAGACUACCAACCUCGGCAAACGAUGUACCUUACAGAUCGCCCAUCAGUUCCUCCUACACCAAGGAGGUAAACACGAAAAAGCCUGUUCCGAGCCUAUUACUACCUCCAUCGUCGAUAAGUGUCACCAAAAUGACAGACACCGUUCCACAGCCACCACCUGUAGACAAUCGACCUGCUCUGGAAAUUGUCAGAAUACCAUCCAGCGCACCAGUCGCUGAUAAACCCCAAACAACCAUCACCAUGACGUCCCCGAAAUCAACGUCCAUCACACCAAAAACAACCAGACCUCCUCCGCCCACGAUUCCGCUGAUUAAAAUUAAAAAAACCACCUCCAUGCCAGAGCAUCCAACCUCGCCUAUUUCGCCUUCCGUUUUCCAAGUAACCAGCUCGUGUACAAACAGUUCCUCCAAUCUAUCCACCACUUGCGCCUCCCAUCAGGAUACGAGCGGUGCUCUAGACCUGACGACACGUGCAAAUGACGAUUUGAUUAUCCUUGAAGGCAGUGACAGCCUGACGCCCAAACUGAAUGGAAAUGAGCCCAAACAAAAACCAAGCGUAGAAAAACGACAGGAACCACCUGCGGCCAGACCCGGCUCAGAUGGCAGAGUUGAAAUGGAUAGUAGUCGAUUAGAAUUAAUCAAUUCGUUGAUUCAUACAUCGGCUGCCUCGAUGAUCAAAGCCGGGUCAGGUAUGAUGGCAAAGCUCCAGAGUAGCAUUCCAGGCCUGAAGCUCCCGCCCGAGAUGAUUGGCUUUGCCAUCAGUAGUCCCAGUGCCAUUCCAAAACUCCCAGCAAGCCCUUCAUCGUUGACGAUGACGACGACGAUGGCGUCGGCAAAAUCGAUACCAAUGCCAAAACUAGCCGAGAUUAAUCGCAAUCGGAACACUGCAGUCCGUCAGCUGAACCCAUCGGUUCGCAACAUUCCGAACCCAUCGGCUCUGGCAUUUCGUAAUCAAACGAUAGCGAUAAGCAACUCUUCUGGCAUCAUGCCGGCAGCAUCCUUCUCCACCGUAGUUGCAUCCUCCUCCUCCGGUAACACGAUAACAUCUUUCUCGCCUACGUCACCAACGGCAGCGAAAAUCAUGACCGUAAACAUCAAAACAAACAACGCAAAUACGGCGGCAGGACAGAAAUCAAGUGUGAAUAAUAACGGCAUCAGCUCAGGCGAUACAAUUUCCUCUAUCGCAUCGCUGGCAAAAGCCAACACCAGUGCAUUCAACACCACUACCAAUGGCAACGGUGCAUCAAGCGGCGGAGUGUCAAAUUUGAAUGGCAAUAACAACAACAACAGCAGCAGCAGUGGCAGUAAACACGAUAACGUUAGCUCAACUAGUGGUGGAGGUGGCAAAAAGACCAUCGAGAAAGUGGCGGCUGGAUUGAAAGCGGCCGCCGCUACGGCAGCGGUAGCGGACGCAGCGGCAGUCGUGGCGAAUGGGACGAACGGCAACCGUGUAAGUAGCAGCAACGGUAGCAGCGUCGGUGGUGGCAUCAGCAAAAACAGUGUAAACGUUGUCUAACAAACGAAACUGUGGCAAGGGAAGAGGCCUCACUGAAUCGCAAUCUUAUCGAUGAACUGCUAAGAAACGUGAAGACAUGACUGGGACGAUGAUGAUCUGUCGACAAAAAGACCAAAGCAGCACCUACCUUACAUACACACUUUAUGAAAUGAAAAUGUUUCAAAUGUGGAAAAGCGCACACCCAAAUGCGAGAUGACAUUGAUUGACAGCUGUGUUUUUGGGUGGCAGCAGAUGAAAAAAAAAACGAAACGAAACAAAAUGUGACAAUGUCGUAAGUGUCAAAUAGACAGGAAAAAUGUUGUUUACAUUUUUUUGUUAUGAAAAUUAGUUGCCAGUCGAUUACGUGGGAUCGCAGUAGACAGAGACUACUGUAAAUCGUGGUGUAACGUGUCAUGACUUGUCAAAAGUCCAGAGUUUUGUGAGUUCCUGAUGGUGCAAACCAAAUCGAAAACAUCUCCCAUUUUGUUUCGUCUUGCGUGUCGCUUAUCCGCUUCUGCGAAACGGAGGAAAUCGGCAUGGACAUUUAAUUAAAACAUUGCUCGGUUGGAAAUGAUUUCAGGAAUUGCUGCGAGUCUCAUGGAUGAAACAAUCUCGAAAAACAGCAGCCCCCGUAAUUACUUCACUUCGCCGAAAAUCACGCUCAGCUGUGAAAGUGCGCCGUGCCGGACUGCACAUGACUUUACUUUUCGAUUGCAUUGAGGUUUGUUAAUCAUUAGGUUAGGAUAAGUUGUUUUCUAGUGCAAAGGCUAUGCUUGAUUAAAAUUAUUUAUGUUCUGAUAGUUUAGUUGAAAGAAAUUGUAAAUUUCUAUAAAUAUAGUUUGAAUAUAUUACUCGAUAUUACUAAAUCGAAAAUGCUAAUAAUUUAUUCGCCUCAGUGUGCAUAACCUAAUGUAUUUAAAAAUCCUGAAUUAGACCAAUACUACCCCCUUUUGCAACUCGUGAUGCGAGUCUUUGCAAAUGUAAUUAAAUCGAACAUACGCAUAUUUAAUGUGUGUAAAUUCCGCACCACUCUCCUUGUUAGAGAAGCUCUACAUGUCUCUCGGUAUCAGCAAUAAAACUGGGUAAAUCACCUCUUUCUCCCCGUACUCCUAUUAUACUCGAUGUUGUGCAAUAGUGAACCAGAAGACAUACAUACAGCAUAGCUAUACCGUACACAUACAUACCCACAGUAAGCAAAAUAGCAAGAAGAAAACGAAUCAUUUUACGGCUAAACGAGAAAAUAACAAGUCUGUGAGAAAUGACCAGAUAGUGGCCAAGAAGACAGCUGGGAAAUAGCGAGUGGGAAGAAGAAACCUACACGACCGGCACCGGUGAACGGUGGUGGAGCAAAGUUAGAGUAUAGAGAAGAAAUCCGAUCUGAAUGUGAGCGUGAGCAUGAUUCUCUGUAAAUACCCAAACCCAACACACACGCAACAGAACUGAGAGAAACUUUCGAUCCAUCUCAAUGAGCAUAACAUUUUUUUGCCUCCUUCCUCCUAUUCUGGAAAUAAUGAUAAUUUAUUCUCGGUACUCUUUUUUCGGUGGUUUCUUCUCACCCCUCCCUUCAACCCAAAAGGCAGUAUAGGUAGCAGGUCGGCCGAGCAGAUGAAUGGAAAAUUAUGAUGAAAAAGAAGCAGAUGAUGAUGAUGAUGAUUGAAGUAACUAUAAUGAAGAUAAAUUGAAAAUUGAAAAGAAUCAAACUAUAGGAACCAGAAAAUCUAUGGGAUUGUUCUCACGGCCGCCGGGAGAACAGCGGAGCAGUCCGAAAUUGAUUUACGCUGCUUUCGAAGAUUGGUAUGGUAAAUUAUAUUCAAAUUAUGGGGUUUUUCGUCUUCAAUCCAGUAGAGUUUCGUUUCAGUAAGCUUUGUACUCCUUAACUCUGAUAUUAUUACGUAGAAUCGACUGUGUAAGAGUGAACUUUGUAUCAUACACCAUAAGAAUUGUACCACUAAUUAUCGGUAUUGUUUCUGUACACAAAUCAUGCAAAUUUUUAAAUAAGGCUUUGAUUGAAGAAAACUUAUCUACUUAAUUUUAACAGGUUAGGAUCUUUUGAAGAAAAGGAAGAACAAUAAGUUAUCAAUUUUGCAAUGUUUGUUUUAGCAAAUGUCCUGUAUGUAUUUAGUGCAAUACUAAUGAGAAAAACAAAAACCAGUAGAGAAAAUAAAACAGAUAAUCAAUAUUUAAA